AUGACGGACAAACACAAGUCUUUCCCUCAUAGUGCCGAAACGGAUUCUUCUUAUGGUUCAAUGGCUGUGGGCGUUGUCACGAGCGCGUGUGGGCUUUUCCUCGGAUGGCAUCUCAGAGGGCGCUUUGGAAAGCCUUUCUUGAGUGUCAUGACAGCCCUUCGGUAUAAAAGUGGAAGCAGCUUUUUAAAAACUGGCCUCAUGGGUGAAGAGGUAAAACUGACACUGGUGGUGCGAAAGGACCUCAGCAUGGGCAAGGGGAAAGUGGCUGCACAGUGUGCCCAUGCGGCUGUGAACGCGUAUAAGGAACUUCUGAGGAGAGACCCUAAACUUCUGAAACAGUGGGAGCUCUGCGGCCAACCUAAAGUGGUGGUCAAGACUGACAACGAAGAGUCCCUACUUGCACUUUAUCGCCAAGCUAAGGAGUCCGGCCUCACUGUCAGCUUGAUCCAGGAUGCAGGGAGAACCCAGACAGCCCCAGGCUCAAGAACAGUUCUUGGAGUAGGACCAGGGCCCGGAGAUGUUAUAGACAGAAUCACAGGACAUUUAAAAUUGUACUGAAUGUGUAUGUCAAGGCAGCAGAGAUGUUCUACAUAUGUGUAUCAAUAAAACAAUAUUGUGUCAGGGGA